UAACCAAGAUUCGGAACUCUUACAGUAUGGAGGGCUGUGAAGCAGACGAAGCAAAACAAGUCACCCCACCGAAGUGCCUUUGUCUAUAUGAUCUGGGGAGAGAUCUUAGCGAACCUUCUGAUCGGUAUCUUGGGAUGGUUGUUCCUAAACGGAGUCUUGCAGGCCGANNUCCUGUUGUCUUGUUCUUCAUUCUGUUCUGUUAUGUCUUCGAAGUCCAGCUGUUGCUUCAGAUCAUCAUCAAUCGUAUUGCUAUCAUUGUCGAGCGAAGGACAAUGGCAAAGAAGCUGAAGUGGAGCACUGCCAUCUUUAUCUCACUGGUCAACAUCUGUGUUAUGUGUAUUGUAAGCAUUCCUGGAUCCCCUCUGCCUUCUCUCAAGCUC